AUGAGAGAUUUAAUCCUCGACGCAAAAGCCCAAGAAGCACCACAUCGCUUUAUUGCGUCAAUAGACCAGAGCGAGAUUCUAAAGCUUGCGUCAUCGUACCACGACAAUGAACCCUGCCAGGUUUUUCAACCUGUCAAGCAUGGAAGCUUCAAUGUCUGCUUCUUUGUGCAAUUCGCGACGCCGAGCUCUGAUGGGGUGCCUGACCGAUGGGUUGUGAGACUUCCUAUCCCUGAAGAAGUCCCUUGGAUAGAUGAGAAGAUGGACGUAGAGAUUGCCACGAUGAAAUACGUGGCAGCCAACACCACAAUACCUGUCCCCAGGAUACGGGCGCAUUCUUCCGCCAGGAAUAGUCCUAUCAAGAUGGCGUUCAUCAUCAUGGACUACAUAAAAGGGAAAAACCUCAGGGAACUCGGCUUUCCGAAGGACCUUGAUGUCUGGUGCUCAGUGACCACGCAGCCCACUAGAGCCCGAGAGAAAAUGUACCAGAAUUUGGCCCAGGUCUACAUUCAACUACGGCAGCUGGAAUUCCCCGAGAUUGGCGCUCUUGGCCUUCCAAAGGAGGACCAUGACCAGAGCAUCCGGGUUCGCCACCGGCCACUAUGUAUAGAAAUUCUUCUCCAGCAACGCGAGGGUCUAGCGCCUGCUUCCAGGUUCCCCGAGCAUAAAACAUUCAAGACGUCAAAGGAGUACGUGGAUGCACUUCUCUGGCUGGGAGACAAUCUGCUCGACAAGGGGACGAAUUCCAUGCUUGACAUCCGUGGUGAGCGUGGUUUAUAUGCCUCGCACGACUUUAGAAGGUUUGUAAUGGAGUCAUGGCUCGAUGCAGCUCAAGAUUGCGGCCCGUUUGUCUUGGUUCACGGUGACCUAGCCAUUCAGAACCUCUUGUGGGACGAUGACCUCAAUUUGGUGGCGGUGCUCGACUGGGAAUGGAGCAGCGUCAUGCCAUUGCAGUUCUUUGUCCCCCCUCCCUGGUUAGAUGGCAACUCCAUCGAUUUUCUGUGCCUUGGCCAGAUACUCUACAACUCUGAAGUCAGCAAGUUGUGCGAGAUAGUGCGAGAUGAGGAGAAAUCUUUGGGGCUUGCAUGUUCCACUCUACUUUCUGAUGAGUGGGAUAGACGGAAAGGCUGGUGUCACACGUUGGUGGUAUGUGCCCUACUCCGCCCGGAGUAUGUUUUUGAUGCCUACUGGUCCUUCAUCAGCUACACUCUUGUUGGAUUCCUACCGCGUACACCGCAACGAACCAAGAAGUACGUCGAAAUCACUUCACGACAAAUCGCGCUGUUCAUGGAAAAUGAUGAUAGAAAAGCGUUCUUAUCCAGGAAGCAAGAGGAGCAGAAGGUGUAUCUCAAGGAGGAAGAGGAUUACUUUGGGCCUUUGGAUGACUGUCAAGAUAUUGGCAACUAG